AAAACCCCCAUCGUGUCGCCGUCAAACUUCGUGCGUCAAACGAACAUUUUGUACGAAGCCGCAGGAAGCCGCCAUUACUCGCGAUUGCUGAUAAUCUUGUACACACAUAUUCAUUCCGGAGCUAUUUUAAAGUGUUUAGUAUUGUACGUUACGUACAUAUGUGUGUAGGCACAUGCAUACAUAGAUCCAUCAUAUUCGGCAAGCUCUGUCGGAUUCCGUAUAAAUUUCACUAAGCCAACGGCAGUAAGAAUACUCGUUCAGUGGCGAGUGAUUCGGCAAUUUACCGAAGAUCGAGUUCAACCCUUUCCGUCGACCGACGCCCGCAGUUCGCAACAACGUCCAAGAACCAAGUCGUAAAGUCUCACCCCUGGAAUCGGUGCCGUGAAACCGUCUCCGUUGCGAAACCCUUAGGCCUCUAGGCCGUGUUUCAUCGCCCGAGUGUACCGCCACGCCCUAACAAUAGGCCUGUCCGAUACGGCUGUUAUGGACAUGAUGGUUACGAAUCUACAACAGCAACGUCAGGUUACCGAGCAGCUUCGUCGCGAGGCUGCGAUCAGGCGAAUCACCGUCAGCAAGGCCGUCGAGGAUAUAAUGAAAUAUAUCACGGAACACGAGCAAGAGGACUGCCUGUUAGUCGGAUUCUCUUCACAAAAGUCGAACCCCUUCCGCGAGAAGAGCUCCUGCAGCAUUCUAUAAGCUGAAUAACAACCAGUCUCGGGAUCUCCUCUUAGCAGGGUAAUCUCACUUUGGCAGACACACCUGUUGUUUCAAUAUGACUGAAUGCCUCGUCGUGCUACAAACUGUGCACUUGGACACGGUUUGUCAACUAAUCAUUUUUAGAUAGGAGAAAAACCAAACAUGUAUAAUUUCCUUACCAUCAACCAUUUAUCCUGUAUUUUGUUUUUACUAACCCGGUAGAAUUGCGCUUUAGUCAGCAAACACGUGUUCACUUGUCAUCGAUUGAAAUUUCUCACAAUUUUGAAUCUCUGUCUUAUCGCUUCCACAUCUAAAUAGUAAUCGAUGGCAAUAGUCAAUACAGCAAAAUCUUCGUAUAUGCUAUUCUUGAAGCGGCCUCAGCUCUGCAAUGGCGGAAUGUUUUUUAUUUAGACAAUAUCAAUGUGUCCAAAAUAAUUGUAAUAAGUAAUCUAAACUUAUUUAAAACUGUAAGAUACAUGCUGUAAGAUAAAAGAGUUUAAUUUCACAAUCAACAGAGUUCAAAGUUUCUGCUCUGUUCUUAUUUGCACUGUAGAGUGAUCCCAAUGGAGUUGAAUUAAAGUUAGCCAGCAAAUCAUCAAAACGUGGAGCUAUGCUAUGCUUGUACAGUGGGCUGCUGACUGAUUCCAAUUCUAUCACAUUCAUCUUCUGUAUAUUGCAAAUCGCUCUACCGUGCAAACAGACACUGUCAAAUUUUGAGCUUUGAUUGCCGUAACAACUAAACCUGAUCAAUUCCAGCUCCGGUUUCUGGCGAAAGCCAAACAUCCAUGGGCAUUUUAUUGUUGCUAUGAUGAUUAAUCACCUGGAACUUGAUUGGACCUAUGAUCGUAAGAUAGUUAUUUUCCUCAUUUCUCAAACAAUAUUGCUUUAUUGAAAACAAGAGAAAAGCAAGUCUGCAUAUUUUAUAACAUUUGCAAAUGUCAAUGUUAUUCUAAAGGGAAUAAAUAAAUCAAUAUGUAUAUGCGUGUGUGUGUGUACAAUAUCUAAGUAUGAAUAAAUAAUUUAACGUAUCGCUA